AUGCUCCGGUCAGUUGAAUAUGGAGCCGUGAAGACUGUGGUUUCCAGGUCGUCUGCUUCGUUCGAGACAUGGGGAGGAGGUGUGAGUGAGGGAGUGCAGAGGGAAUAUGGAGACGUUGAUGGGAGGGAGGAAAAUGGGGAGGAGAAGGAGAAGGAGGAGGAGGAGGAGGAGGAGGAGGAGGAGGAGGAGGAGGAGGAGGAGGAGGAGGAGGAGGAGGAGGAGGAGGAGGAGGAGGAGGAGGAGGAGGAGGAGGAGGAGAGGGAGGAGGAGGAGGAGGAGGAGGAGGAGGAGGAGGAGGAGGAGGAGGAGGAGGAGGAGGGAGGAGGAGGAGGAGGAGGAGGAGGAGGAGGAGGAGGAGGAGGAGGAGGAGGAGGAGGAGGAGGAGAAGCGAGGAAGGCCAUGUAUGACAUCACAGGGCAGGAAGCCAGGAGGAGGGGAGAGGGGCAGGUGCCAGGGGGGCUGGAGGAACACUGCAAGCAUGUCACGACUCCACGCACACGCGGGGUGGAUGGCACGCGCUGA